GAAUGUAUUAACCCUACAAUUAGAUUGCAAUGCUGGGAAAGAAACAACAAACCCAAACAAACUAAAAAAGAAUGCUCCCCUCAGCGCUUACCGCUAUAAGCAAUGCGUAGUUACCAACUUCACGUUUUUCAGUUUCGAACAAAUCACUAUUUAUUGCCCGCUGCUCCGCCCCUUCCACUCCUCCACACCCCCCCAGCUCGUCCUGUUGACUCGUCACAUCAGCUGAGCAGGCGCCGACCCCUCGACCUUGGGAAACCGCCGACUUGAAUGCCGCUGGCAUACUAAGAACCGGCUUAACCCCAGAUGGUACAGGGAGCCGCCUUUCCUCAGCCUUCUGGUCCGAGUCCGGCCAGCCCGAGAUCCAACGGUCGAACCAACACGCCUUCUUCGGCCGUCCCAACGGACGCGAGCGGUGCUGAAGCGUCUGCGACCAAGUCGAACGCAAGUCGAAGAAGCAGACUUUCAAGGCUUAUUAUGCCUUCUUCCGCUACAACACCCUUACCUGCCCCACGCUCCCCUCGUCAUCCCCACUCUGAUCGCGAACAGACACCAGAAAAUACCGACGCGUCCACAACUCUCAUUGACGCAUACACAUCUCCAGGUGGUGGAAGGAGCACCCCGACUACUCCCACGCGCUCACCGACUAUGGGAACGUUGCGUAGCCUCAAAGCGUCGUUCCGGACGCGAUCUCGAACUCCCCCUCGGUCUCGAGAUCGGAAGGUCAGCUUCGUGUCGGGCGACGAACUGCCGCCACCAGUGCCACCAAUCCCCCCAUUACCAUCCUCUUCUGCAGCAUCUUCAUCGAAGCGAACUGUAAAGCCACCAUCUGCACCAGAGUAUACUGAAGUCGAUAAUGACUUUGAGCCUGCACCUCCUCCAUUCUCAGGUCGUAGACCUCGUGCACACGUACCUGGCAUUCCGUAUCCCUAUGCUUUGAGUCGUGAGGUACAAGAUUUCGAUGAUUACGAUCAUCAUUCGUUUACAAAUACCAUCCGAUCUGUUUCACUGAUUAAACAUGCCUCACCUCCAACGCGUGUUUUGGACAUUGGGUGCGGUACCGGCGCGUGGGUCUUCUCCGCGUCCAACGAAUGGCCUAAUGCCCGCUUUGUGGGAAUUGAUAUCGCACGCACUUUUCCCGAUAUGAGUGCUCUCGCGGAACUUUUGGGUGAGGAGAAUACCGGGCGGAAUAGUAAAAGAUCGAGCUUCUCUUCAGGCAGACGGUGGAGCAGGGAGUGGAAAGGGAAAGGAACGGCCAAAUCUACGGCCAAGUAUGAUAGGAUUCAGUUUGUGGAGGCUGAUUUUUUGCAGGGAUUGCCUUUUCGUGAUGAGGAGUUCGAUUAUAUCCAUGUCAAGAGCAUCGCGGGCGGUGUACCUGAGCACAAGUGGCCAUUCAUAUUUUCUGAGAUUACUCGCGUUUUGCGGCCAUCAGGUAUCCUCGAAAUGGUGGAAUCGAACCUCACUUUCCCUCUUCCUCAUUCCCACACUCUUCUCGCACGAACCUACGAAGACGCGUUUGACGCGCGACACAUUGCACUCGAACCCCUUUCUCUCAUUCCCGGAACCCUCAGCAUGUACCUUUACGGUUUGCGAGUGAUCGAGUUCGAUGACACCAGUGGUAUGCCGUGGUGUGCUGUGGACCGAACUCCUUUGACGCGGACGAGGCCUCGAGCGAGAAGCGAUGCGCUCCCGCCUUUAUCAAUCAAGCAAGCUAUGUCAUCACCAUCAUCGCCCUUGUCACCACCACGGCCAGUAGCACUCGUUCCAGCAACUGCUGAGAAUACGUUGCUCGCUCCCCCUCCAUUCUCACAGUCCCCCAGCGCUUUGAGCGGCCACUAUGACAUUCCCCGAGUGUCUAGCUCAACGUACAAAUCUGACAGAUCUGAAAGAUCUGAGAGGUCUGAAAAAUCCUCACCCACUCUCGACCCGAGAAUGGUUAUGCAUCAAAUGUACCUUCUUACCCAUGUGCGCGCUGCUGGACCAGCGCUACGGGACUAUUGGGUCAGCAAAGGUGGUGACCGCGAUGCCUUCGAUGAGAUGUGGUGGGAUUUCGAAGCCGAUCUUCUCUCCCGACAUCAAAACAUGAACGUUACUCGAACGAUGUCGGCAUUCCCUUCUACAUAUAGCGAUCCACCUCCCCCACCUGAUUCCGCACAGGCUCUGUCUUCAGAGUCCCAUCGACGGAAAAAGAAGACGCCGCCUCAUCCCCUCCUCCUUGAACCCCCCAUCAAGCGCAUCACAAAAGCUUUCAUUGCGCGUAAAGCUGCCUUUCCCUUUGUUCCUGUUGCCCCUUCUCCCUCCCAACCCCCACAAUCCCCAACGCACCUUCAGCGUCCCCGAACUCCCAGCACAUUGGCUUCUACUUCGUCGGGGAACAUACAAUAUCGAACUUCUCGUUUCGUCCAUAGACCGUAGGACACCCACGCGUCAGUCACUGCCCUUUGAAACCCCACUAUCCGACCAAAAUUUACUUUGUGUUGAUUUCUUUGCACGACUUGCUUUAUCUUCGUAUUAUAUAAUACCCCCUCUCUCAUCGUUCACUCUAGCGCUCACAUAGAACAAUUUCUUCUAUGCCAAAGUAUUCGUUCACACUGCAUCACCCCGCACAUUUAUCAUGUUCAUACCAUUCCAUUGUCCAUUCGGAUUCCUGUGUUACUAAACCAGCUUCCACUCCACCCCAUCAGCAUAGCUGUUCAUUUCAUACCACUUCUUUUGCACCACACCCCAGCUAGU